AUGGUUGGCGUGCCUCGGAGCAAUGGCUGCUCGCUCUGUGUCAAACGGCGGGUCAAAUGUGAUCAAGGGCUUCCUGGUUGUGCCAGAUGCGAUAAGUAUGGCCAACCCUGCCCUGGAUAUGAUCGGAGCUUCAAGUUUGUUACCGGGAAGCCGUAUCGGGAUCGGCGUCAACCUAACCCAAGGAAUGAUAAAAAGGACGAAACACGUCUUCAGAGUGGAAACUCGAAUUCUCACAUUGAUCCCGUGUCAAUCUGUCAGAAUAUGGCUCAGAAAAAGAAUCUGUCCUCACUUAUCUCUGUGGAUGUGGAUGUUGUGCAGCAUCUGUGUGUUCUCAUUGACGAUUUCUCUCAACCAUACACUCCCAGUCCAACACAUGUUGUGAUCAGAUGGUUUGGGUUUCUUCCCUCCAUUUAUGGCCAAAAUCACGUAUUGGAUGCCACUAUAAGAUCUUUCACCGCACAUCACUUUGGGCGCACCACCCAAAAUAUCCAAAUGGUGUCAUAUGCCCGGUCAGCUUAUGGGGAAGCCUUGCGCGGACUUCGCAAAUCGCUGGAAGCACCUGCACAAAGUUUAUCGUCUCAUAUAUUUUGUGCGGUAGUAUUACUAUGCAUGUAUGAGCUUUUCACAGAUACUGAAAACCCAGAGUCAUGGAUGAAGCAUGCCAAAGGGCUCAGCCAGCUGGUACGGAUUCGAGGACCAGAUAGGUACAGUACCGAGCUCGAUGUAACGUUACUAAAAGCUGCCCGAGGAUUGAUUGUGAUGCACUCAAUGUUCUCCGGUGAAGAGUGCUUUCUAGCCUCCGAUGCGUGGCAUGAUAAGAUGCGACAGCAAUAUACAUCGGACUUGCCCCCAGAAGUGCACAACAGCAUCGAACAAUUUUUUGCAUAUUUCACAUAUGCCCCGAGUCUUGUGCAUAAGCUUUAUGGUUUGAAGCAUGUCGAUGCCACCAGUGCUGAAGCUUUACAGACAAUCUCAGAACUCUUGUCCGAGGCCCUGGAGAUGCAGACGAAACUGGCUAUAUGGUAUGAGCAAUUUUCUCAAAUUGUACCUCCGCCAACUGAAACCACAUCCCAAACCGGGGAUAAGCUAUAUCCGAUUGUUCUUAUAUAUACAGACACGAGCUAUGCAACGAUCUACUGCGGUUACUACUCUUAUAUGGUCAUCAUUCAUGAAGUUUUGAACUUUUGUGGCUACCCGGGUCAGCAUGAAGCCAUGGUUGCCUAUUACCGAGAUCAAAUUUGCAAAUCAGUGGAAUACAACAGCGUGGGAGUAAUGGGCCCAUACCGAAUGGGGUUUCCUCUCCGCGUGGCAUUUGAAGUUGCAGAUUCAGUCACGAGCUCUUGGAUCUUAAAAAGGCUUGGACAAUUUUCGAAGAUCUAUGCAGCCGCCCAGCCAGAGAACUAUCAUACUGUCUUAUGA